GGAUGCCGAUGUUGGAAUUGCGCCACAUGCUGGACGCGGUACGGCACACGCAAAAGAAAUCAUCGGCAGUAUUGUGUCAGUGUUGAAACUGUGCGAAUAGUCCAUGGACACAUCGCACGUUCGUGAAUCUCUCAGCUGUGAGCCACUUAUAAAAGUCCCCAAGAAAUAUUUCUAUUGAAAAAAAAAAAACAUCAGGAGAUUUGGCAUUGAAAAAUACGUUUUUUCUGUGUGCGCAUGCUUAAUAAUAAAUUCUUGUGAAUUAAAAUGUCGAAUAUUGGCUGGAACGUCAAGGCGGAUGGCGCCGAACGACCGAUUCAACCCACACCCACUUGUCCGCCCCAUCAGGCUGUUGCCGCCAAUGUCAAUGCUGACCCCACGAGUCAGCCACCACCAUCGUACAACUCCCUCUACCCUCAAAUUCCCAACAAUCUGCCCGCGUAUGUGCCACCGCAGAAUCCAACACAAAUCCACGGCACGUCCACCACAAUCAACGCAACACCAUCCUUUCUUCCCACGCAACAAAUACCGAAUCCUCUGAAUUUGGGACAAAAUAUCGGAACGCAGAUUCACACAGUUCCGAGUAGUCAUGGCAGCAGCAGCAACACUCUCUGGCUGCCUGCCAGUGAGGGUCAAGUACCACCUGGUGCCGUGAUUGGUGGCCACGAAGUUGGUGGAGAAAAGCUCUACAUUGCUCGUGCACGACACUCUGGGGCAUUGAUCCCUGGAAAGCUGGUCCCAUCGCAUCGAUGCUGCUACGUGGCCUGGGGUGGACGUGAGCACGCUGUUAAGCACUACGAGGUCCUCUGCAACUGCCCUGGCAAGUGGAUUCCCGCCUCGCGUGGUAACCUCACCCCACGCGCCCUCCAGGGUGGCACGUCCGAAAAGGGUGAGACCCUCUACGUUGGUCGUGCGAAUCAUCGUGGCUCCCAAACCAUCGGCAAAGUCCAUCCAUCGCACAAGCUCUGCUACAUUCCAUACGCGGGAAAAGAAAUCGGCUACAAAGCCUACGAAGUCUACGUGCCCGACAAUUAACACUUUUAGAUGUACUUUUUAAUAGAAUCAUCCCACAGAUGUUACAAACUUCUCUGUCAGGGCUUUUGCCCUUCUCUUAUUUUCUAUUUUUUUCUCUCUUUCUCAGGAAAAAAACAUUUUAAAUUGUCCAUCUUUUUGUUUAAACAUUUUUUUUCUCCACAAAAUUGACCGAUUCCUCUGUUUUAUUGGAUUUUUUCACUAGAAUCUCCCUUUUGGUGGUUCUUUACAUUGAAAAAAUCCUUGAAAUCGAUUUUUCUUUGCAAAUUUUGUAAACACAAUUUCUUUUUUUUUUCGAAAAAAAUAUAUACAAAAUAUAUAUUGUAAAAAAGUUGUGGAAAAAAGAAGACUUUUCAAUGAGAACUGAAAAAACAAAAAGAAUUCUUUACAAAAGAUAUACAACUGGAAUAAUAUUCUA